AUGGCUGAAGAACUGAACGAUAAACUGCCCCAGGCAGGCGAAGUCCUGCGUACUCGUCGGAAUGAGUACGAGGUGGGUUUUUCAGUACUGUUUUUGAGCUUCUUAGUUUUUAGUACUAAUUUGGUUCCUCUAGUGCUACUUUCAAAACGACAGUGCCAUUCCAGCUUUUAUGGUUCUAUUUUAGUUUUAAAUUAAAGUACUAAUAUUCAUUUUACAGUACUAAUUCAUCCAUGCCACCGUUUCUUUUGUCCAAACACUACCACUUUUCAGAUAAUUAAGCUCCUGGGCAAAGGCGGAUUCGGCGCAGUUUACGAAGUUAAGAACAAGGCUGAUACUGAACUGUACGCCGUCAAAUGCGAAACAGCAGAUGUUAAGAAACAAGUUUUGUCGAUGGAUUGCCGCGUGCUGAGAGGAGCUUUCAUGAUCAAAUCACCCCACUUUUGUACGAUUAUCGACCGUGGUAAAGUCGAUAAUCGAUUUCGGUAUUUGGUCAUGAAAUUGGUAGGUUUUUAAUAAUUUUUGACAAGGGGGAGACAAUACAAAAAAAUUCUAAAGCUUGAACUUUUGAAAAAAAUUUUUAUUUACUCACAUCAGUCCAAAACGCCAAAUUGGCCACACUCACUAGCAUACUAUAAUAUCAACCUUCUAGGUCGGUCGAAACCUAUGGGAGCUGAGAAUCGAGCGAGAUAGAGCACGUUUCACCCUAAACACAGCCUUGAAGUCGGCGGAACAAUGUCUGAUGUCGAUCGAAGAUCUUCAUCGUAUUGGGUAUCUUCACCGUGACAUCAAGCCCGGUAACUUUGCCAUCGGGCGGCCGGAAAGCAAUGAGCAGCAGAUCGUGUUCAUGCUUGACUUUGGACUGUGCCGCAAGUUUAUUGGGUAAGUUUUAGCGAGUUUAGACAUGAAAUUUGAUGUGUUUGUUGUAAAUAUUGGUUUUUUACCCAACUGUUUUACACAAAUUAACAUUUUAAAAACAGUUUAAUGUUACUUAACCACCCCUUAUCAAACCCCCACUGUUUAUUGCCAAACGUUCAGUGAUGCCGACUCGAAAGACCUCCGAAUGCCAAGAGCAUCAGCUCCUUUCCGUGGUACCACUCGUUAUGCUCCAAUGGCUGCCCUCAAACAAAUGGAACAGUCUCGAAAAGAUGACAUUGAAGCCUGGCUAUACAUGGUUGUGGAAUGGACGGCAGGGCAAUUACCGUGGAGAAAGCUAAAAGGACCAGAAAAGGAAGAAGUUCUCCGCUGGAAAGAAGCUGUUCGCGCCGGCGAUGCCUUAGAAGACUUUCUCACCGACUGUCCCAAGAGACAGUUUUUGGCCAUCAUGCAGUAUCUGGAUUCAUUGGUCUAUCAAAGUAUUCCUGACUAUAGUUACGUCUAUUACUGUCUCCAACAUGCGGCCAAGGUAAGCUGACUUCAUUAUUUGAUCCCGCAUCCUUCGUAUUUUUGUUUUAAAAAAUAAAACAAAAAAAAACGCAAGAAUUGACAGAUUUAACGUAAAAGUGCAUUAAAAACACAAAAAUUCCUUGUUUUAACCACAAAAAGUUCCAUUCUUCAGCUUAAAAUCAUGGAUGAUAUAAAUUUGGUCAAAGAAAAGCAUUUUCAGGCUAACAACAUCAAACCCAACGAACCUCUGGACUGGGACCCGGAACACAAGUACCAUGGCCCCUCAGUGCAAGACCGCGACAAGAGAAUCGACCUCAAGGUUGGGAAAGAGAAUGAGCACGAGGAAGAGGAAGGUGGCCACAUGUCCAAAAGAUAA